GUCUCAAAUUCACUUCACAAACUUUCAUCUAUACCAUUUCUUGUAUCCAUCACAAUUUCUAUUUUCCUCUUCACUAAAACCUAUAAAUCUUGGCAUUUGGCCAAACUCUCAUCAUUUCUACUUCAAACAUGGAUAUGGUGAUGAAGUUGGGAGCAUCUAGCGCGGUGGUGAUUUUCACCAAGAGUAGUUGUUGCAUUUCUCACAGCAUUGAAACCCUAAUCCGCAGUUUUGGAGCAAACCCUAUAGUUUACGAGCUUGAUACACAUCCAAAUGGGAAGAAAAUGGAGAAGGCAUUGAUGGAACUAGGGUGUCAUCCAAGUGUACCAGCAAUAUUUAUAGGGAAAGAGUUAGUUGGUGGUGCAAAUGAGAUAAUGAGCCUUAAUGUGAGGGGAAAGCUUAAACAAUUGCUAAUUAGGGCUAAUGCCAUUUGGAUAUAGGAAUUAAUAAAGAUUAUAAAUAUGUAGCAAGUGUACUAGGUCUAGGAGUUUUCAUAUAGUGAAACCUUUAGCUUUGAUCUUUGUAAUUUCCUUCACAUUGUGAAUAAUGAUUUAUCUUGAUGUAUAAAUAAAGUUAUAAUUUGGUCAUA